CAUCACGUGUCACGUGCUCGCGUCAGCGCUGAAUGCGGAAGUGCAAAGAGGCGGCGGAGAGAUAGACAGGCAGGCAGGCAGACAGACAGACAGACAACUGACUGUAAUAACUGAAAUAACAGCGCAGAUAUGGACGAAACGCUCUUCCAGCUGAAGUUCACUGCAAAGCAGCUGGAAAGACUGGCGAAGAAAGCAGAAAAGGACUCGAAGGCAGAGCAGGCUAAAGUGAAGAAGGCUUUGCAGCAGAAGAAUGUGGACUGUGCACGCGUCUAUGCAGAAAACGCCAUCCGUAAGAAGAACGAAGGUAUAAACUGGCUCCGCAUGGCAUCCCGCGUCGACGCCGUGGCCUCUAAAGUCCAGACUGCUGUCACCAUGAAAGGGGUGACGAAGAACAUGACCCAGGUGACGAAAGCUCUGGAUAAAGCUCUGAACUCCAUGGACCUGCAGAAGGUCUCCGCCGUCAUGGACAAGUUUGAGAGUCAGGUUCAGAAUCUGGACGUCCACACUUCGGUGAUGGAGGACUCGAUGAGUUCGGCUACCACGCUGACGACGCCACAGGAGCAGGUGGAUGAUCUGAUCCUGCAGAUAGCGGAGGAGAGCGGGCUGGAGGUGAUGGACCAGCUGAACCAGCUGCCCGCUGGAGCAGCCUCGCUGGGGGAGACAUCCACACGCUCGCAGGAGAAAGAAGACCAGCUCUCACGCAGACUGGCGGCUCUGCGGAACUGAGUGCGACUGCUGUGAUCUCAGGGAGCUGGAGAGUGACCUGCUGUUUCACGGCCAGGCUGGAAGGGGCGCUGCUCAAUCCAACUUCACUCACUCUGAGGAUCCGACACGGCCAAUCGAUUUUUAUCCCCAAAUCUGUUUAUACAACAACACACUCUCACAGCUGCCUACAAUACUGCCCCCCCCCCCCCCCCCCACACACACACACACACACACACACACACACACUCCUUCUGCUGAAAACAGUCUGCCCCCCUUUUUGUCUUUACAUAGCUUGCUCUCUCUCCCUCUGUGUCUCUCAGCCACAAGUGGCUUCCUCGGUCAGCUCUGAAUAUUUGGGUGAAUAUUAAAUCAGUUGAAGGACUAUUUUUAUGUUUUUCUGUGUGAAAUGCUCGCCUGCUUUGGUUUAGACUACUGAAGCGACUGCAGGGGGAUUCUCUCCGCGCUCCGAUUGGCUGGUGGGGGAGACUGUGACAGGAAGCAGAUGUUCAGCUGCAAUUAUAACGUUUUGAUUCGUUUCUUUAUUUUUAAUUGACUCUGCGGAAAUAUUGUAAAGCCAUGUUAAUAACACUAACAGAUCGUACUGUACGUGUUGCUGCCGUUGCACCUCGAUAUUACACUCAUACGGCAUCCGGCUGUGCGUGAAGCAUCUUUCACUGAAAGCUCUGUGUUGACGUUAAUAGACUCCACCACCUGGAAAGCCACCUCAAAGCGAUAGUUUUCAAAGUUCAAUUCCUCCAGUUUCUCUCUGGUCAAUCAGCCAUUUUUAUUUUUAGCACUGGAGCUACGAGGCUAAUCAGCUGACCAGUACUGGAAGCUUAUACACCACCAAUUAGCAUGGCACCAACUGCAUGGGCAGAGAUACCGAGCCAACUCCAGCUUUAAGAGGCUGUGUUAGCCUCGUAGCUCCAGUGCUAAAUCAACAGAGGGCGCAUCUCGGUCUGGUGGCUGCGUUUGGGCGAGGGCGAAACCGAGAAGCUGGGUUUUUAUUGCUGAACCGUCACUUUAAUUUGUGUUUGUGUUUUUCUCGUUUUGCUUGUUUAGAUUUGCUUUUCCGCCUUACAGCAGUGCAGCUGCCGCGUAGGUGCUCUUCAUCCUCCUCCUCUUCUUCAGUGCCUCAGUCAGAUGCAGCGAGACGUUUGCGCCCGCAGAGAAACGCAGCUGUAGCGUCCAGUCUGCCAUGCUGUUGCAUUGUGGGUAAUGUGGGCACGCUGUUAUCCGUUACGCUCUGCCAUGCGCGGCGUCUCGCUGUUCGCUUCAUGCUGUUGUUCUUGGGGUUUUUUCGUUUUGUUUGAAAUGGGAAGGUUAUUUAUAUUGGCGAUCAACUGGCAGCGCUUUUCUUUUGUAUAUUUAUCUUGUCAAAAUAAAAGCCCUCUGAUAAACAGUA